UGAGCAACUCCAGCUGCUUCUGCAGCCCCACAGGCCUCUGGUCUUCCUCCUCUGCAGUGUCUGAAGGCUGUGAUCAGCAUGAGGGACUGUUGCCCAUCCUCAGUGUCCCAGUACAGUCGGUAUGUCCCCAGACUGAGAGCCUCGCGCACUGUGCACUUCCCCAAUGACAUCGUCUUUCAGGACCACAUCAAGCAAGGAGACCUGGAGCAGGUGGGCAAAUUCAUACGUGCCAGGAAAGUGACACUGGACACCAUCUACCCUUCUGGAAUGGCAGCUCUCCACGAAGCUGUGCUGACUGGAAACCUGGACUGUGUCAAGCUGCUGGUUAGAUAUGGUGCUGACAUCCACCAGAAAGAUGAGGAAGGAUGGACGCCCUUGCACAUGGCCUGCAGUGACGGCUAUGCUGACAUAGCCAGGUACCUCAUCUCCCUCGGGGCCAGCCUAGAGGCCACCACUGACGACGGGGAGACGCCCUCAGACCUCAUCGACCCCGAAUACAAGGACCUGGUGGAGCUCUUCGAGGCCACCACGAUGGGCUGAGACGGGGCACGAAGAGGAGCAGGCCUCCGGGGGCCGGGGCGGCAGGACUGCGUCGGCCCGAGGACCGGGCCUGGGCUGGGCCUGGGCCGGCGGCCGGGCAGGGCUCGCUCGGUACCGCGUCUCGGAAACACUUUGUACUUUUCCAAUAAAGCAUCCUUGACUUCGCCGCCACCUGCAGCCCUUGCGCCGGGAA